AUGAAAUUCGGCAAAAGUUUAGGACGAACUAUUGAGGACAUUCCUUCCGAAUGGAGACCUUUCAUCAUUCAGUACAAAACAUUAAAGAGAUGUAUUCAUAAAAUCGUUCAAGAACUAAACGAUAAAGGAAUUUCUCGAGACAUUCUCAAAACUAUGCUGGAUGCUGCGGAAGGGUACAAAAUGGAAUACUCCUUUGAAGCUAAUCCAAUUCAAAUUCGACCAUAUAUUAUACUUAACUUGGAUGCUUAUGAACAUUCUCCUGAUUUCCAACAUUUUCUCGAAACCACUCACACCGAAUGCACGAGAUGUGUUUCUGGUUCCGUGUCAUCAUUACUUUCCUUGCCUUCAACCGAUUUAAGUGAUACGGAAACUAUUUCUGACCCACAUGAUAACGUUACGGACAUCAUUUCUAACGAUUCCAUUAGCCCUCAUCCCGAAUCAACGUAUAUUGAACUUGAAACCGAUGGGGAAUUCUUCAAUACGCUGUUCGAAGAAAUUUCGCAAUUUAAACACCUUCAGCGACAAAAACAAGAUGAAUUUGUAAAUAGUAUGGAUCGACUGCGUGAAAUUUUGAUCGAUGUGACUUCUCCAUACAAAAGCGAUAUAUAUAUAUGGCGUGAAGUUUUCCAAUUUUAUUUGCAGGCAGAAAUUUUUUUUGGAAAUACUGAAUCAGAUCGUAAUGAACGUAGUUACGAAAAUGCUCAAGAUCAAUUCAAUUGGUUUACACGUAAAUUCCUAUUAAAUUCUUCGAGAGAAGCCUUUCACGAAUUUUUAAGAAUUAAUAAUGAUUUGAUUGCCAUGAAACAUUUUCAAUCUCUCAACGAAACCGCCAUGUCUAAGAUCCUUAAAAAACACGAUAAGCAAACGUGUUUAGCUGCCAGUCCUAGCUUUGAAAAGUUAUUGGAGAACGAUCCAUAUAUUACCGAAAAUAUGUUUAAAUCUCUUUGUUUUACAAUGAAUAAUCAAUUAUCAACAAUUAUUCCACAGCCCGAAGAUCAUACAUGUCCGAUUUGCACUUUAAUUUAUUGGAAACCCAUUCGAUUAUGUUGUGGACACGUAUUUUGUAUAACUUGCCUUAUUCAAGCUGAACGUAAAGGAAUGCGCAAUUGUCCAAUUUGUCGAUACGGAGAUGCUAUUUAUAAGGCAAACUCAAGUAAUUUGGAUAAGCCUUUACGAAAUUUUUUAAAACUAUAUUUCCCAAAAGAAGUUAAAGCCAAACAAAAAGAGGCUGAUAAAGCAGAAGUUCAAGAGGAAAUGGAAAUACUAGCAAUACGUAGUGGGUCAGGACAACAAAGUGUUACGGGACUUCCAAAUGCAGAUGAUCCAGAUUCACUUUGGAUUAUAAAAGGGGCUCAUGGUGAAUCAUGUCUAAGAGGAGAAGCAAUUAAAUGCGGGUCAAUUAUCAGGUUACAACAUUCAAGUUCUGGUAAACUUUUACACAGUCAUUAUCACCAUUCGCCAAUAUCAAAACAACAAGAAGUUAGUGCAUUUGAUGGAUUUGAUACAGGUGAUAAUUGGAAAUUAACUUGUUUAAAUAAAUCUUCAAUAUAUUGGUUAAGAGAACAAAAAGUUCAAUUCAUGCAUUUAGAAACAUCUUCAUAUUUAUCAGCUAAUAAAGAUUAUAUUUAUAAUAAUCCUAUUCAUGGGCAAAUUGAAGUUUCUGCUAGCAAAAAAUUUGGUCAAGAUACUGAAUGGAUUGCUCAAGAAGGAAUCUAUUUUGCUGAUAGAAAACUUUAA